AUGGUUGGAAGGCAAAACCUCCGCUCCUGCGCUGUAGCCCUCGGGCUUCUCCUCAGCGCAGCUGGCGUAGAUGCAGCAGCUUGCAAGAAGCCUGUCGUCAGGAAGGAAUGGCGCACCCUCACCACCGCCGAAAAAUCCUCCUACCUCACCGCAGUCAGCUGCCUCCUCUCCCAAAAGGAUUCGCCCGCCCUAACCCCCCUCUCACCCACCACCACCGGCGUUCUCUCGCGCUACGACGACCUCCUCUACACGCACUCCAUGCUCCGCAACGAGUGCGGGUACAGUGGCGCGCAGCCCUACUGGGACUGGACGCUCGACUCGGACCCCAGCGACCUGUCCAAGUUUUCUUCCUCGCCCGUCUUCGACGCUACCACGGGCUUUGGCGGGAACGGCGAUUGGGUGGCGAACGACCCGACGAGCUUCUUCCCUCCUGUCCCCGGCAGGACCGGAGGUGGGUGCGUGAAUGAUGGCCCCUGGGCGGGUAAGAAGGAUGUGGUGCAUAUGGGACCGGGGAAUAGCACGGUCCUGAAUAACCAGUGCUUGAAGAGGGAUUUGGCGCCGGAGUUUGCGGCGAGGUGGCUGAACUGGGAUCAGACAAGUCUGACGCUGGGGAUGGGCAGUUAUGAAGAGUUUACGGGGAGCGUGGAGGGUAAGACUAGCUUUGAGGAGAGUGGGGUGCAUGGGGGUGGACAUUAUGGUGUUGGGGGCACUUUUGGUCAAAUGGGUGAUCUCUUCCAGUCGCCAGCUGAUCCCAUCUUCUUUUUGCAUCAUGCCAACCUCGACCGUCUGUGGUGGUCGUGGCAGAAGCUGAACUUGACUACUCGCCUGAACGAGAUCUCGGGCCCGAGCGAGAUGAUGGAACCCACCAGCCCCCCGGUUACCCUGGACUUCCCAAUGACGCUUGGUGUCAGUUAUGAGUCUGCCACUGUCGGUGAUGUGAUGGACAUCUUGGGCUGUGGAAAGACGGGUGUUCUUUGCUAUGACUAUGAUAAGUUAUACGCCCUUUGA